UAACGAUAAGUCACAUUUUGACGUAUUAUUGAGUGGAUUAAGGAGUAUUUUGGAGGGACGCAUGAUGGCGUUCAGGUCGACUGUGGGUGUAGUCAUUCUGGCAUGCUUAGUAGUAUUAGCGUCAUCAGCGGGACCAAAGAACUCGAAAAGGAAGCCCGCGAAUCCACCAGCUAGAGUUGCCGAGGACGCUGAAAGAGAUGCUGAGAUCACAAACUCUUGCCCUGAAGAUGGAUUCUUCGCAGAUGCUGAACAGUGCGACAAGUACUAUCCUUGCAGGGACGGUGAAAUAACUGAAAAGCUUUGCCCCGAUGGUAUGGUGUUUAACGACUACAGCUCCGAUGACGAGAAAUGUGACUUACCGUUCAACAUUGACUGCUCACAGAGACCUAAACUUCAGGAGCCCAUCCCCUCCCUGCACUGUGUCCGUCAAAACGGCUACUUCUCCCACGAGGAUCCUAAUGAAUGCGGCAAGUUCUACUUCUGCGUGGAUGGCAAGUUCAACAUGAUUACGUGCCCCAACGGUCUGGUGUACAACGACAAGAGUGGCAUUUGCACCUGGCCCGAUGAAGCCAAGAAGAAGGGAUGUGGAGCUGCUGAUGUUUUCCAAUUCAACUGCCCUUCUGUCAACGAGACAUUCGGCCUGACUCAUCCACGUUACGCUGACCCUGAUGAUUGCCAGUUCUUCUUUGUGUGUAUUAACGGUAACACACCCCGCCGUUCAGGCUGCAAGCUUGGUCAGGCCUUUGACGAUGUCAGCAAGAAAUGCGAGUGGGCGAGGAAAAUACCUGAAUGCGCUGAAUGGUACAAGGGUCAGCUAACAGACGCCGAGUUGGACGCGCUAGAAAACCCCCCAGCCCCGAAAUCUAAACCCUCAGGUUCAGGAUCACGUCGCAAGCCCAACCGACCCAGCAAAGGCAAACAAGUUGUGGUCGAAGAAGAGUAGUGAUUAUCGUAGUUAGCUCAAUAAAGGAUAAGUUUUUUUUUUAA